AUGGCUCUGAGGAUGCAGCUCUUGAUCCUGGUCCUGCUCCCUGUGGCCUUUCUGCUGCCCCCCGGGGCUCAGCGUGGGGAGAUCAUCGGGGGAUGGGAAGCCCGGCCCCACUCCAGACCCUACAUGGCCUAUGUGCAGAUAGCAAUGUGGAGAGGGGUGAAAACAUGUGGGGGGGUCCUGAUUCGGGACGAUGUGGUGCUGACGGCAGCUCAUUGCAACGACAAGCAGGGCUACAUCACUGUCAAGCUGGGAGUCCAUAACCUUAGACUGUGGGAAUGGAGCCAACAAGAAAUUCCUGUGCAUCGCCGGAUCCCCCACCCGCAAUAUGACAUGUACUCCUUUAACAAUGAUGUCAUGCUGCUGCAGCUGGCGCACCGAGCCAGGCUCAAUGAAUGGGUGGGGCUCAAUGAAUGGGUGGGGCUCAUCCCCUUGCCCAGCGCCUGGCAGGGCGUGCACCCCGGGGCCAUGUGCAGUGUCGCCGGCUGGGACCGGACGAGCGCCCGCAGUGCAAAGGGCUCAGAUGUGCUCCAGGAGGUGGACGUGGAGGUGCUGGAGGAUUAUGUGUGUCUGAGGAAUCCUGACCAGAUCUAUCGUUACUAUAACGCCUCCACUAUGCUUUGUGCAGGGGAUCCGAAACAGGGCAAAAGUUCCUUUAAGUGCCGUCAAGGCCCCUGGGAGAUCAUCAAUGGGACGGGAACUCAGCGCCAGCACCUAUAG